AUGUCUGCUCUCGUUCCGCGCGAUGCCGUUGCCCUUCUGUAUCGCCGAUACCUGAAGGCGACAAACCGAAUCCCCAAUGUGACGAUACGGAUGCUCCUGCUGCAGCAAAUCCGCACCGGCUUCCGCCGCAACCGCAGCAUCACAAGCGUCUCGGCGCAGCGCGAGCUCAUCAAUCAAGCACACAAGGACUUGACGGUGUUGGAGGAUGACCGGUUGUCGAGGACUCUGUAUAUCAACCGAUUAGGGCUGGUUUCUUGCCUCGACUGGGAGGUGCGGAGAACAGAGUACAACUUCCGGCCGGAGACGCAGUCUUACCUGGCAGCCUUUCUGAUCUGCGGCUUUACGUUUCUUUUCAUAGUGUUUCUGUACACCGAGAAUCUCGAGACACAACGGCCCGAUAUUGCACAGAUGGUAGACUACAUGGCCAUGCGUCUGGAGGCAGAGUCACCAGAGGAGCUGAAGGAGAUACGCGAGCGGCAGAUUCGCAACUCGCUAGAGCAACGCCAACAUCAAGUAUCACUGGAACAGCGCGUGUUGGCAACGUUUUACAACUCCCCGAAUGCGCCGCCUCCGUCGCUGCGGAACCCGGAGGGCUCGCUGCGCUACGAGCGGCAAAGUUGA